UAAAUGUUUUCAAGUGUGGAAAAUGAAAUUUCUCAAUUACAAGAACCAAUAGGUAAUAUAGCCGACAAAUGGCAGCUUUUACCCGCUUUCUUGCGAGCGAAAGGAUUUAUUAAACAGCACAUCGAUUCUUAUGCACAUUUUAUCAACGUAGAAGUUGCUGAAAUCGUGACAUGCGACGUCAACCGUAGUAUUUACUCAGACAUUGAUCCGAAAUUCUAUCUGCAUUUCACCAACUGUGUAAUUGGUAAGCCAAAAAUAAUUGAAGGGAAUUCUGUAACCCAUUUGACUCCUAUGCAGUGCAGGCAAAGAGAUUUAACCUACAGUGCUCCAAUCUUACUCGAUAUGGAAUACUAUUGCGGUGGAAAGAUUAUUCGUAGACUACAAGAAGAAAUUGGCCGUAUGCCAGUUAUGCUUAAGUCGCCAGCUUGUUGGAUGUGGCAAAAAUCAGACGACGAAAUCAUAAAAUUAGGAGAGUGCCCCAGAGAUCCUGGUGGAUAUUUUAUCAUUAAUGGAAGCGAAAAAGUAAUAUUAAUGCAGGAACAACUCAGUAAAAAUAGAAUAAUCAUUGAACAAGACCACAAAAAAUGCUACUGUGCAACCGUUAGCAGUGUGACCAACCAAAACAAGAGCAGAACUCAAGUAUUGUGGCACAACAACAAAUUAUAUGUUCGACAUAAUUCCUUCAAUCAACUCAUCCCUUUUUUUAUCAUUUUAAAAGCGCUAAGUAUCGAGUCUGAUCAGGAGUCAUUCCAACUUAUCGGGAAUACGCAAAAGCUGUUCGAUCUUUUACAGUUCUCUAUUCAAGAUAUUAUAGAGGCUAAUAUUGUAACUCAAACUGAUGCUUUGCUUUAUAUAGGGAACAGAAUGAACCUCAAAAGCUGGCAAGUAGAAAGCACAACUCGUCUAAAGGAAAACAUUAUCAGCGACGCAUAUGAACUGAUUGAUAAAAUUCUACUGUCACACAUACCGGUGAUUGACAACAAUUUUAGACCUAAAGCCAUUUUUUUAUGUUUAAUGACUCAAAGAUUGUUGAAAGUAGUUUAUGGAGAUUGUUCUAUUGACGAUAAAGAUUACUAUGGAAAUAAAAGGUUAGAGUUAGCCGGGCAAUUAUUGGCGUUACAAUUCGAAGAUAAAUUUAAAUUGUGGAGAGAUGAGUAUAAAAAACGCAUUGAGGAAACUUUGAAAAGAUAUUUCAACAUUGUCAGAGAUAAACCACUAGAUACCAUAACAAGAGGAAUAAAACAAGCCUUAUCAACCGGUAACUGGAAUAUCAAACGUUUCAGAAUGGAGAAGAGCGGCGUUUCUCAGGUUUUAACUCGGUAUUCAUAUUUAGGUUCACUCGGAAUGAUGACUAGACUUGUUGCUGGAGUUGAAAAAAGCAUGAAACUUGCUAGACCCAGAUGGCUACAGCCCAGUCAAUGGGGGAUGAUUUGUCCUUGUGAUACGCCAGAAGGAGAAAGCAUCGGUUUAGUUUUGAACUUAAGUUUGAUGACAUUAGUCACCACCGAUGAAAACGAUACCCAAUUAAUAGGCCUCGCCUAUUCUUUAGGUAUUGAAUCUAUCGAAACUUUGUCAGGAGAAGAACUACAUAAUAAAAACGCUUACACCAUAUUCUUGAACGGACUUGUGUUAGGAAUUCAUUCGAAUCCCAACCAUUUUAUUAGUAAUUGGAGAAAACUUAGACGCACUGGAAAAAUCGGUGGUUUCGUUUCGAUUUACUUAAACCGACAAUAUAAGUCAAUUCACAUCUCUUCUGAUGGAGGUCGGCUUUGUAGACCUUUAAUCAUUGUUGAAAAUUGCAGACCGCGGUUAACUCAAAAACACUUGCAGAUGAUUAAAGACCAAGAACUGAAUUUUUUUGAUCUUAUUCAGAUGGGAAUUGUAGAAUGGAUUGAUGUCAAUGAACAUAACGAUACUGUCAUCGCUUUAUUUACUGACAAAAUUGACGAGCACACCACUCAUUUAGAAAUCGAUCCAUUUACGAUUAUGGGAAUCGUCAGCGGUCUUAUUCCUUUCCCUCAUCACAAUCAAUCACCAAGAAAUACUUAUCAAUGCGCUAUGAGCAAACAAUCUAUGGGAGUUUUGAGUUACAAUCAGUUUUGCCGCGUCGACAACGUAUUAUACCUGUUAGUGUACCCGCAGAGACAAUUGUGUAAAACUCGGACAAUUGAGUUGGCAGGUUUAGACAAACUUCCUGCAGGUCACAAUGCUUCUGUUGCUAUUAUGAGUUUUCAGGGUUACGAUAUUGAAGAUGCCUUGAUAUUUAACCAAGCAUCUAUUGACAGAGGUUUUGGACGAUGCAUCGUGCAAAAAAGAUUCAUGGUAGAACUGGCUCGCAAUAGCGAUUUAAAAGACGUAACUUUGGCGCCUCCAGAAAACAAAGCAUCAAACAACAAUUCCAGACCCAAGUUUGAUUACAGACACGAAAUUUUGGAAAAUGACGGAGUUGCUAGAGUAGGCGCUUUAAUUUGUCAAGAUCAAAUUUACUGCAACAAGGCAGUUUCCGUUGGCGUUGUCGAAGAUCUUAGUAUGAACUCUGUUAAAAAAGUUACAUAUCAAGCUCAGCCUGUCAAGUACAAAAGUCCCAAUCCUGCUUACAUUGAGCGAAUUAUAUUGACUGAAAACGUAGAAGAAACUCGCUUGCUAAAAUUUAUUUUUCGUCAGGUUCGAAGUCCGGAGCUAGGUGAUAAGUUUAGUUCGCGACAUGGGCAGAAAGGUGUUGUCGGAUAUAUUUCUCCGGCAGAAGAUUUACCUUUUGCAGAAGACGGUUGGACCCCUGAUAUUAUCAUGAACCCGCAUGGUUUCCCAUCAAGAAUGACUGUAGGAAAAAUGCUUGAAUUGUUAGCAAGUAAAAGCGCCGUUUGUUCUGGCCGACUAGAGUACGGUACAGCGUUUCAAAAACCAAACAUAGAUUUUAUAGCAAAAACACUUACAAAACAUGGAUAUCACUACGGUGGUAAAGACUACUUAACGCUAGGUACAACCGGUGAAGCUUUACAAACUUAUAUAUUCAACGGGCCCAUAUUCUAUCAAAAAUUAAAACACAUGGUACAAGACAAAAUUCACGCGCGAGGUAUUGGACCUCGACAACUUUUGACCAGACAACCAACAGAAGGUCGAGCGAAACUUGGAGGACUACGUCUUGGAGAAAUGGAAAGAGAUUGUUUGGUAGCAUAUGGCGCGUCAAACAUGCUCAUUGAACGAUUAUUAUUAUCUUCAGAUGCGUUCAAUGCUGACAUCUGCAGUGAAUGUGGCCUUAUUGGAUACAACAGCUAUUGCUCGUUUUGCAAAUCAAAGUCUAACGUUCGAAACAUUACAAUCCCUUACGCUUGCAAACUUCUGUUCCAAGAGUUAAUGUCUAUGAACAUUGUUCCACGCUUAUUAAUCAAACAAAUUAAUUCACAAUAA